UGCACAAAGACUUCUCGAGGCUAAAUUGGAGACUCAGUCAUGGAGUCAAGUCAUUGACGGUGAAACUAGGUCGACGAAUGGCCUCAACGCUACCUCCAUGUUUGGACAACCCGGCUCACAAGGUCUCAACCGACCCGGGGCGUCGUCGCUCCCGAAAACAAACGUUCCCAAUGCUCCACCACCUACAGUGUUUGGCUUACCGGCGGUACAGCCGCCAGCAUUUGGCAAACCAGCAGACGGCCCAAUGUCUAUGAGCACCCCCCCUGUGCCCAGUUUCGGUCCUCCGGCAUUCAUACAAUCGACAUUUGGCUUGCCGCGAACGCAAGCUCAGGGCAAUCACACCUCCGCUCAAACAUCAUUCAGCUUUUUGGAGCAAAAGCAGAGCCAAGGGUUCACAGGAUUUGCUCAACCCCUGGGAUCCGACACCGCGUCUCAACAGACACCCAACUUCACUCAGUCACCAAAUCCCUCCGUAGGCAUACCUGAUUCCCUGACACAGAACGGUUCUCCGUUAAUAGGCCAAAACCAUUCGGCUGACACGAUGCAGCUCCAGAAAGAAGUGCAGGAGCGCGAGCGUUUACGCCAAAAGCAAGCUGAAGAGGAGCGUUUGCGGAAUAUGGAGCUCGAACGCCAAAGGUUGCAAGUAGAAAUCGAACGACAGAAACAAGCUGCCGCCUUGUUGGAGGCUCAACGGCAACAGGCACUAUCGAACGAGCGCGAGCGUAUGUUAGCGCAACACAAAGCGGAUGAGGUUCGCAUGGUACAGGAAGCGGAAGCACUACGCGCAGCGAUGCGGCGGAAGGGGGAGGAGGCUGCUCAAGCCCACCAGCAGCGGCACAAAGCUGAGAUAGACAGCUGCAUGGAAGAGGUCACGGAGAGGGCGGUGAAUGAUCUCCUGGGCGGAGCCAUUCACGUGACCAUGAAGCAGUUCCUGCAACGAGAACGCAAGCGGCGGAUAUGGCGAGGUUUUGUGAAACAGUUGCGCUGGUUCGAUGCAAGAGGGUCCGCUUUGAAUGAUGCAGCUCAAGCUUUUCUGGAGAUCGCGCGGGCUGAGAUCGCACCACCUGCAAACCGUCGACAAAUGCCACCGUUAUGGAGCAACUUGAAACGUCCCCGCAAGUCUUUCUCAAUGUUCAACUACGAAGGGCGCGAGGCGCAAUUCGCGAAAGCAAGCGAAGAGGUACGACGGAGCUUCCCAACAAGAAACCUUUUCCCCGCUCACAUACUCACCAAUGUAUAGAUGACUCGAUUGGAGGGGCAAGUCCUCGCGCCAAUCAACGUGGCUCAAACUGUGUUCCCGGUUCUCCGAAAGCGACAAUACCCGGCCGCCUAUAGAGUGUAUUUCAAAGUGUGCUUGACGGUCCCUAGCAUCGAUCGAACAUGCUCGCUGAAGAGGCAGCGGGCCAAUUUCUGGGUUAGAUCCAAGUUUGGCCAACUUGGGACACCCGUCGAGGUUUCACCGAGAGUGCAGGAAGACGAAAUACAACGAUCGUACGACGUCGAUCUGAACAACCUCGGCGCUGAUUGUUGGGCCGUCGUGCGCGG